AUGAAAUCUGGCCUAUUGAAGCCUGUUGCUGAACUGAAAUCCGGCGAUGUUGUCAUAGCCAUGAAUAUAGCAAAAAACGAAGUUGUUGAAUCGGAAAUUCUCAUGGUCGCACAUUCGUCGCCGACCACGCUAACGCUUUUCACUGCCAUUGAAGCUUGGAAUGGCCAAAAGGUUUUCUUAACGCCUAAACAUCUGAUUGCACUAAGUUUACAAACAAAUACAACACCAAGUUUUAUCUACGCCGAAAAUGUCCAGGAAAAUGAUUAUAUUUACGUGCGAGAUGAAUAUAAUCAGUUGAUGUCUGUUAAGGUGAAAAGUGUUAGCGAAGAAAUGAAGAUGGGUUACUAUUCUCCUCUUACUUUGGAAGGUACAAUUAUUGUUAACGACGUAGUUACAUCGGUCUAUGCACUCAUCAACAGCCAUCACUUAGCUCACAAUGGUUUAGCUCCUCUUCGUUGGUACUACAAGAUUGUUAAAAGUCUGGGCCUUGCAAAUGAACCGUUUGCACCUCCCAAACCAAAUGGACAACUUCAUUGGACGAAUCAAUUUUUGUAUCUGGUCUCGAAGACAUUGGCACCACACGUUUUUUCAUAA